AUGGUCUACAUCAACGGCAACACCAACGGCAAUGGCGGGGACCACCACUACCUCCAAGUCGAAGUGUUGAUGGAGAACUUUAUGAAUGGCUUCGCCGGUCAGGAGAACCAGGCGCGUGCGGCCAUGAAAGCAGUCAUGGGCGACGACAAGUACACCUUCUUCUUUGACAAGUUUCUCGAGUACUACUUCACCGAGGCAGACGCCAAGUUUCUUGCUUCCAUGGGUUUCAACUGCAUCCGUAUCGCCAUCAACUACCGUCACUUUGAGGACGAUAUGAACCCUCGCGUUCUCAAGACGAGCGGAUUCAAGCAUCUUGACCGCGUUGUCGACCUUUGCGCCGCCAAUGGCAUCUACACCGUGAUCGAUCUCCAUUCCCUCCCUGGAGGUCAAAACAUGGAUUGGCACAGCGACAACAAUACCAAUCAGGCGUUGUUCUGGCUUUGGGAAAUCUUGGCCGACCACUUUCGUGACAACACUUGGGUUGCGGGCUACAACCCAAUGAACGAGCCUGCGGACGUGGAGCAUGAACGUCUGCAGGCGUUCUAUGUCCGCAUCGAGGCGGCUAUUCGUGCAGUCGACCCUCACCACAUUCUCUUUCUCGACGGAAACUCGUUUGGGUACGACUUUUCUCAUUUCAAGAAGCCUCUCCCCAACUGUGUCUAUUCGUGCCAUGACUACUCUGUGUAUGGCUUCCCUGCUGCUCCCGAGCUGUACUCUGGCACCCAGCAGCAAGUCGAGUACCACGAGCGCACUUUCCGCCGCAAGGCCGACUUUAUGCUGGAGACCAAAACACCCAUCUGGAAUAGCGAGUUUGGACCGACCUACAGUACCCCCAAGGACGGUGACAAUUGGGAGACGGUCAAUGAUGCCCGGUACCAGGUCCUCAAGCUGCAGCUGGACAUCAACCGCCGCCACAAUGCGAGCUACAACAUUGGCGUCAUGGGCAUCGUGUACCCCGCGGCCGAGUCGCCGCUGUUGAAACUUCUCGCCCCGUUCCUUGCCAAGAAGAAGGCCUCGUCGGCCGACGGCUGGGGAUUUGACGAGACACCGGUCAAGCAUGUCUUUGGCCCUCUUGAAGACUGGUUUAACCAGUUUGCCCCUUCUCUCGAAAAGAAAUACCCUCCUACUUGGAAGACGAAGAAGCAUGUUCUGCGCCAAGUUCGCGGCCUGUUGCUUUCUGAAGAGCUUGCAAAGGAGUAUGGCCAGUACUUUGAUGGACUGAGCUACGACGAGCUUGAUGCCGUGGCAAGGAGUUGGCACUUCGACAGCUGUGUCCAGCGCAAGAAGCUCGUCGCGAUCAUGUCCGAGGACGCGCUCUCCACAAAGCAGCAGUAG